AUGGGUGGAGCAAGAUCCAAAGGAAAUUUUGUCAUCUGUGUAUCAUUGUAUGGAGCAGACACUUCACAGCUGCAAAGACUUGAAAAUCAACCCAGCUGAUAUCAAAGCUGUUGGAAUUACAAAUCAGAGAGAAACAACAGUGGUUUGGGACAAGGUCACUGGGGAACCACUUCACAAUGCUAUAAUUUGGCUUGACACAAGGACAAAAUCAACUGUGGAUCAGUUUGAAGCAAACACCCCAGAAAAGACCAGAGAACAUGUCAGAGCAUUGUGUGGCCUUCCUAUCAACACUUACUUCAGUGCAGUGAAGUUAAAGUGGUUGAUUGACAAUGUUGAGGCAGUGAAAAAGGCUGUGGAAGAAGACAGGUGUCUGUUUGGAACUGUGGACUCAUGGCUGAUUUGGAACAUGACUGGUGGUAAAAAAGGGGGCUUGCAUAUCACUGACAUCACAAAUGCCUCACGGACCAUGCUUCUCAACCUGAAGACGCAAAGUUGGGAUCCAUACUUGUGCAACUAUGGCACUGGAUGUUUUCUUCUCUACAACACAGGACAAGAGGUGGUCCUCUCUCAAAAUGGUUUGCUGACAACUGUUGCAUACAAGCUGGGUCCUGACCAACCCACAGUGUACGCUUUAGAGGGCUCAGUUGCCAUCACUGGUGCUGCUGUGAAGUGGCUGAGAGAUAACCUCAAUCUUAUCAGCUCAGCAUCAGAGAUUGAAACCUUAGCAGCCAAAGUAGAGAGCUCAGCUGGUGUGUACUUUGUUCCAGCAUUCUCUGGUUUGUAUGCUCCUUAUUGGCAGACAGACGCAAGAGGAGUAAUCAUAGGAUUGACCCAGUUUACCAACAAGGCACACAUAGCAAGGGCCACUCUAGAAGCAGUGUGCUUCCAGACGUUGAAAGCACAAAAGGUGUGUUAACAGAGAAGUGAUUGUGGA